GCUCACUUCUCUCCACGCACGUCAGGCACACGACGGGUCCUCUGUCGAGCGUCGUCGAGAGCUGUCCUGCGCCGUAGUUUGGUCUGCCUGCGUCCUGCGUUCUGCGUUCUGCGUUCUGCAACGAUCCACGGUUGAGCCCCCAGCCCGCAGCGUUGUUCGGCUCCCACGUGAAAGGCUUCCUCCAGAGCCCUAGCCAAUCGCCCACCGCCCACCCGUCCUCUCAGCGCGACUGCGACCCGCUGCCCGACAACAGAGCCAGCGCCCGCGCCAACGGCCAUCGCAGGCCCACACCGCAGCACCGCAGCACCGCAGCACCGCAGCACCGCAGCACUGCACGCGCAGUCUGCCUGCGUAGAACCUCGCCGUCUCGCCGCCCGGCCUCUGCACCGUGCAGCACGGGCGUGCCCACACUUGCAGCCAGCCGACCAGCGCAGGCCCCGCGCCGACAGCCCCCCCCGACACACCGCCAGAGCAUGUCUGCUGCUGUCGCUGCCCAGGCGCAUGGCCAGCAGCACUACCAGCAGCCCCCCCGCGCGCGCCGACCCUCGACCAGCGCGUCCAACACGGCGCCCAGCACGCCCCGCGCGCAGCCGCCGUCGACGCAGCACCACUCCCCAGCCAUGAGCCCCAGCACCGCCGCCCCCGUCGGCGGCCCCAUGCCGCCCCCGCGCACCUCAUCGCACCGUACUAGCACCGCCGGCGCCCCGUCCGGCCGGCGACCCAACGAGGGCAGCGCGAGCCGUCCGCAGUCCGGACACAGCCGCUCUGCCACGGCCAUUGGGCAGCCCCCAAUCGGCACGAGCCUGCCCCGCGAGGAGAGCGCCAUCAUCAACAGGAUAGGCGUCUCCGACCCCCAGGACGACAUCGCCCGCGAGCAGGCGCGGCAGGCCGAGCGGGUGCCCGUGGGCGCCGCCGCCGACCUGACGCCCAUCACGGGCCUCGGCCUCGUGGGCAGCGAGGGCGUCGACGACGGCGGCCGCGGCGCUGGCGGCAAGAGCAGGCAGGACCACUCGAAGAGCGAGGGCUCGGUCAAGCGCACCAAGUUUGGCAACUACAUCCUGGGCCAGACGCUUGGCGAGGGCGAGUUCGGCAAGGUCAAGAUGGGCUGGAAGCGCGACAGCAGCGUCGAGGUGGCCAUCAAGCUGAUCAGGCGAGAGACGCUGGGCAGCAACUCGAACCGCCUGGCCAAGAUCUACCGCGAGAUCCACAUCCUGCGCGGCCUCGACCACCCGAAUAUUGUUCGGUUGCACGAGAUGGUCGAGACGGAGCGACACAUUGGCAUCAUUCUCGAGUAUGCAUCGGGUGGUGAGCUGUUCGACUACAUCCUCAACCACCGCUACCUGAAGGACGGUCCCGCGCGCAAGCUGUUUGCCCAGCUCCUCUCCGGCGUGGGCUACCUGCACAAGAGGGGCAUUGUGCACAGAGAUCUGAAGCUCGAGAACCUGCUGCUGGACCGCAACAAGAACAUCAUCAUCACUGACUUUGGCUUCGCCAACACCUUCGAUCCCAAGGACCAGCUGAGCGAGGAGAUCGAGUACAGACUGGGCGACAAGGACUUCAUACGGCAGAUGGGUCUGGAGAACCCCGAGACACGCCGCGGCGACCUCAUGCAGACUAGUUGUGGCAGUCCCUGUUAUGCGGCGCCCGAGCUUGUUGUCAGCGACUCGCUCUACACCGGCUGCAAGGUCGACGUCUGGAGCUGUGGUGUCAUUCUGUAUGCCAUGUUGGCUGGCUACCUGCCCUUCGACGACGACCCGGCCAACCCCGAGGGUGACAACAUCAACCUCCUGUACAAGUACAUCGUCUCCACCCCGCUCACUUUCCCUGAAUACGUCACACCUCACGCAAGAGACCUGCUCAAGAGGAUCCUCGUCCCCGAUCCACGGAAACGCGCCGAUCUGUUCGAGGUUGCGCGUCACAGCUGGUUGGCAGACUACGCACAUGUCGUGGGCUUCAUCACCACCAGCAAUGCCGCCGAGGCGCCGCAGCAAGGCUCCGUCUAUGCUAAAGAGCCAUUCGAGCAGCCGCCCCCUCUUGCAAGAAGUGCAUCUGUCCGCGAGCCAACCAAGACCCAAGCGCCUCCGUCCGCACACGGCGGCCUUGCCAACAAGCGGGAGCAGAUCAACUCGACGGCCGAGAAGCCAAAGACGUCUCGCGACAACAAGCGCCGAACCGUUCAAGUCGAAUACGUUGCUCCUCAAUCGCAGACCCAGCGCGGCGAAGCAUCACCAGCUGUCGAGGCCAUGCCAAAAGCUCGCCCUGCCGAACAAGUACCUGUCGAGGUCACCACCGCGACCACAGAUGGCUACCAAUCAGCGUCUGGCUCGAGGCCUCCUCGUUCUGCUGGUGCCGCAGCAGCUGCUCCACAACCUAGACCAGUUGGUCAGCCCCAGAGAUCAGUGUCCGACUACACUGCCUUUGGCACUGCGCCCGCGGCGACGACACGGCCGUCGACAGGCGGCACCCUUGGUGGCUCGCGGAUGCCAUCACGAGGCAACUCGUACGCGCAGCCAGCAGCCGCUACCGUGGCCCCCACCAACGCCGAAGGUCGCUUCUCGCAACCCCAGAAGAAGACCUACUCCAUCUCUGCCCCAUACCCUCCACAAGAGCCUGCGGUAAUGGGUGAGCCGAGCAUUGUGCAGCCCAGCGCUCAGCGGGUGCAGUCGACCCAGGUUGGACCUACUGGUGGACAUGCCAAGGGUGGCCACAAGCGCUCGAACACGGUGACGGAGACGCUUGGCCGUAUGACGUCCAUGUUCGGUGGCCGUCAGAACUCUUCCGCACAGGACCCGAAGGCAUCGUUCACGUCCCAGGACUCGUACGGACAACAAGGUGAGGAGCGCAAGCAGAAGAGGUACCCACCCACCUCGAUGCCCGCAGCCAUGUCGAACGACAACUCGAUAGGUUCGUCGGGACCACGACCCAGCACAGACUCAAGACGCCGCCCAUCCUUCAGCUUUACGCGCAAGAACACAGAUGACGGCACCAAGACAUCCCGCCGCUUCUCACUGCUCCCAUCUUCUUUCUCAAAGAACUUCGGCUCUCAAAGAGAGAGCAUGCCUACUGAUGGCUACGGCCAACGCCGCGGCUCCAACGCUGGCCGAGCCCGCAACAACUCCCGGUCUGGCAUGGCAUUCGGUCGCGGCGCAGAGUCCCGUUCUCCUAGUCGGAGCACCAUGGGCAGCAACGCCGUAGCUGGCUUCUACGAUGGCCAGCAGGACAGCAAUUCGCGCAUCCGUCAACCCAACGCCAGCACCCAGUCCCACGGCGCACCGGGCCCGUCGUCCGCACCGCCUCAGCAGACGCAGUUCAACUAUCCCGACCAGGCCCCUGUCGGCGACGACAAGUUCCCCAACCCCCGACAGGUCCAUCCCAGCCAGGCACCCAACCGCCCGUACGGACAGCUUCCUAACGACAGCCAGGCUAGCGAGCAGAUGACACCCACCCAGUCUCAUGGAUCGCAGCCGCAGCGCGCACAGUACCCCCAGGGCAUGGGCGGCGAGCCAGAGCAGCGAGGCGGCAAGCUCCAGAAGCACAGGAAGUUUGAGGAUGCGUACGAGAGCACGGGUGGCAACAAGGGCAGCUCCGGCAGCAGCAAGAAGGUCAUGGACUUCUUCCGGCAGAUGGGCAGGAGACGAGCAGGGAAAUGAACAGCUCGCUCGGACGGGCGCCAACAUUCUUGAACAUUGUUCGCCUCGGCAGAUGUGCACGCGCCGUCAGCAACACAAACACCAACCAACACCAACACCAACAACUACCAGCGGAGAGCACAGAUGGAAAUGUCGUUUUUGUUCGCGUUCUUGCUUGCAUCGCUGGAUAGAGCAUCAGCGAGGUGUAUCGAUAAUAUUUGCAUUAGCUGGCGUUUUCUCAUCCCCCGGCACGGCGUCGUCCCCUUUUUUUACUGCGCUGCGGCCGUCUCUGGCCUGUUAAUCUUUACUUCACUUUGUACCUUUUUUUUUUCCUUUUCUUAUUCACAGCUAGCGCUGCAAGCGCUUUUUGAACGAGUGGAGUUGUGCAAGGGCACGCAGGGGUGCUGAUGGAGAUUGAUGCGGGGGUUUCAAGGGGAGUGUAGCGUAGGGUAGUGUACAGAUGGGUGGUUUGGAAAUGAAUGGAGUACUGAGAUGGCUGG